CUCAUUUAUUCCACUAUUGCAGCAUCGUGUUGUUUUUUCGGACGAGAACCUUUUCGCCGCGACAAUUAUUCUCCAAAUAUUGGAGGAAAUGGAAGUAAGAAACAUGGGUGUCGAUACCAAGAGCUACCUCCUCAGCAUUUACCAGUUUGUUAGCCAUGGCGGUCGCUAUAUUAAACCCCGCAGUCUUUCCGCUGCAGCCUUUUGGGCCGGACUCAGGCAGGAUAUCUACAGUGCCGCUAUGGGCAACCAACCUGUCCGUGUUAAUAUAGAGACCCCCAUCGUCGACAGGUCCUUGGAGCCCACAGACGACGAUGCCGCCUGGGCCAACCGUGCAGUCGCACACUGUGCCGACGUGUUGAACUUUUGCUUCGGUCAAAAUCACGAUGUUUCCCCAAGCUUUGGGUCGACAAGCGGCACAUUCUCAACGACUGAGAGAUGGCGCAGGCUGAGGGAAUGGGGGCGAGCCUGGCAGAUGUUUCUCCCCAAAUCUUUUGUGCCAAUACUGGACAGGAAACGGUCUGAAAAGGAAGCGUUUCCCGAGCAUCACAUUCAACACCUGGUCCGUUGUUUAUGUGGAAUUGGAGUUCAUAACAAGUGGUCACCACCAGCACUGUUCACUGCUUGCAUCGGGGUAGCGGCUUCUAAUACUUUUGUGGGGAUUACUUUACAGUCGGUGACCUAUUCGAGAACCGAAAAGAUCAGGAAGCACUUUUGGACAUACUUUGCCGUACUUCACGAGACCAUGCGUGGCCGACUGAAUCCGUCCAGAAACAGAUGAUGGAAUCGUGGAGAUGGCCUGCAAACGCAAACGCAAACUGAAGAUUGGUAAGCUGUCGAAUAAGCAAUUGGAGUUGC